CUCUCCCCCUCCUCUUUGGUUUUCCUCCAUCUCUGUCUAUGUAUCCCAGCCUCAGCAGCCUGACCAUCCCUCCUCCCCCACAACACAGCUCCAGCCAACCAGCACUGCCAGGCAGGGCAGGGACCCGGAGGGACAAACAGGAGGUCCAGGACAGCAGCACAGCAGACACAUAGAUUGGGAGCUGUGACAGAGCCUUAGAAUAUUCCCAUCAGCUGUCAGCCCAGGGAAGCCAGCCUUGAUGCACCACCGCAAAGAGAAGCAGUGACAAGGACAGCCAGGAAAUGGCGGGAGCUUCAGUGAAGGUCGCGGUCAGAGUGCGGCCAUUCAACUCACGUGAAAUUGGAAAAGAUUCAAAAUGCAUUAUCCAGAUGAAUGGCAACACAACCACUAUUGUCAACCCUAAGCAACCAAAGGAAACUCCCAAAAGUUUCAACUUUGACUAUUCCUACUGGUCCCAUACUUCAGAUGAAGACAGCCAGUUUGCUGGGCAGAGACAGGUAUACCUUGAUAUCGGGGAGGAGAUGUUGCUGCAUGCUUUUGAGGGGUACAACGUCUGCAUCUUUGCCUAUGGACAGACAGGAGCUGGUAAAUCCUACACUAUGAUGGGAAAACAGGAGCCAGAUCAGCAAGGAAUCAUACCACAGCUCUGUGAAGACCUCUUCUCCCGUAUCAAUGACACAUCGAAUGACAAUAUGUCUUAUUCUGUGGAGGUAAGUUAUAUGGAGAUAUACUGUGAGCGGGUCAGAGACCUUCUUAAUCCAAAGAAUAAAGGGAACCUUCGUGUCCGUGAACACCCCCUACUGGGACCAUAUGUUGAGGAUUUGUCAAAGCUAGCUGUAACUGCAUAUAGUGACAUCCAAGACCUGAUGGAUUCCGGUAACAAAGCCAGAACUGUAGCUGCCACAAACAUGAAUGAGACAAGCAGUCGCUCCCAUGCUGUGUUUAACAUCAUCUUCACCCAGCGCAGGAACGAUGCUGACAAUGGUACUGAGAAUGGUACAGAGAAGGUCAGUAAAAUCAGUCUUGUGGAUCUUGCAGGAAGUGAAAGAGCAGAUUCCACUGGUGCAAAAGGGACAAGACUAAAGGAAGGAGCAAAUAUCAAUAAAUCUCUAACAACUCUGGGAAAGGUUAUUUCUGCUCUUGCUGAAAUGGAUUCUGGAACCAAUAAGAAUAAGAAAAAGAAGAAGAAUGAUUUUGUUCCAUACAGAGACUCCGUACUCACCUGGCUUUUAAGAGAGAACCUGGGUGGAAAUUCUCGAACUGCAAUGGUAGCUGCUUUAAGUCCUGCAGAUAUCAACUAUGAUGAGACACUCAGUACCCUCCGAUAUGCUGAUCGUGCUAAACAAAUUCGAUGCAAUGCUGUUAUUAAUGAAGAUCCAAACAACAGGCUUAUCCGUGAGCUUAAAGAUGAGGUGUCCCGUCUGAGAGAACUUCUAGGCGCCCAAGGAUUAUCUGACAUAAUUGACACCGUGAAUGCCCUGACAGGCAUGAGCCCUUCAUCAUCCAUGUCUGGCUUGUCUAGUCGAGCUGCGUCUGUUUGCAGCCUGCAUGAGCGCCUUGCAUUCACUCCCGGAAGCGAAGAAGCCAUUGAGAGGCUCAAGGAAACGGAAAAGAUCAUUGCUGAGCUCAAUGAGACCUGGGAAGAGAAGCUGCGACGUACAGAGGCUAUUCGUAUGGACAGGGAAGCUCUGUUGGCAGAGAUGGGCGUGGCUAUGCGAGAAGAUGGAGGAACCCUUGGAGUAUUUUCACCUAAAAAGACUCCUCACCUGGUGAAUCUUAAUGAAGAUCCCCUAAUGUCUGAGUGCCUCUUAUAUUAUAUCAAGGAUGGUAUCACUAGAGUUGGCCGUGAGGAUAUAGAGAGAAGACAGGAUAUUGUCCUAAGUGGCCACUUCAUCCGUGAUGAACACAGUGUUUUCCGCAGCCAUUCUAUGCCCUGUGGGUCAGUGGUGGUGACCCUGGAGCCAUGCGAUGGGGCUGACACCUAUGUGAAUGGGAAGAAAGUGACAGAACCAAUUAUACUGAGAUCUGGUAACCGAAUCAUAAUGGGUAAGAGUCAUGUUUUUCGCUUUACCCACCCUGAACAAGCACGUCAAGAGAGAGAGCGCACUCCCUGUGCUGAGACCCCUAUGGAACCCGUGGACUGGGCUUUUGCUCAGAGGGAGCUGCUUGAAAAGCAGGGCAUAGACAUGAAGCAGGAAAUGGAGCAAAGGCUUCAAGAGCUGGAAGAGCAGUACAGAAAGGAACGUGAAGAAGCAAAUUACCUCCUAGAGCAACAGAGACUGGAUUAUGAAAGUCGAUUAGAAGCACUACAAAGACAGAUGGAUUCAAGAUAUUACACUGAGACUAAUGAUGAAGAGGAGGAACCAGAAGAUGAAGUUCAAUGGACGGAACAGGAGUAUGAUCUAGCGCUAUGGGCUUUUCGCAAGUGGAAAUGGUACCAGUUCACUUCAUUACGUGACCAGCUAUGGGGCAAUGCCAUAUUUCUCAAAGAGGCCAAUGCAAUCAGUGUUGAGCUGAAGAAGAAGGUUCAGUUCCAGUUUGUACUGCUGACAGAUACUCUGUAUUCACCACUACCGCCUGAUUUGUUGCCCCCUGAUGCUCACUCUGAACGGGAAAAACGUCCCUUCCCAAGGACCAUUGUGGCUGUAGAGGUCCAGGACCAGAAGAAUGGUGCUACUCACUAUUGGACCUUGGAAAAACUCAGGCAGCGUCUGGACAUGAUGCGGGAAAUGUACGACCGAGCAGCUGAACUCCCAUCAGGUCUGAGUGAUGACUGUGAUAAUGUGGUGACUGGGGGUGAUCCCUUUUAUGAUCGCUUCCCAUGGUUCCGUCUGGUGGGCAGCUCUCCCUUAUUCACCACAUGCAUGAGCGACAGCAUGGCCGAAAUAACCCCCUCCCCCACCCUCUCAAGCUCUGGCUCCGAGGGCCCAGAGUCGGCCUCCCAGCUUGAAGAGGAAGAGGGUUUGGAGUAUGAGGAGGAAGAGGAAGAUGGAUACCAGGAGCAUCCCCACUGUGCUGUCAGAUCCGACCCGUUUCAUGACCGCUCCCCUCUGUUCAGUGUAGUGGGAAGGGCCUUUGUCUACCUGAGUAACUUGCUGUAUUCUGUGCCUUUGGUCCAUCGAGUCGCCAUUGUCAGUGAGAAAGGGGAAGUGAAAGGAUUCCUUCGAGUUGCUGUUCAGGCCAUUUCUGCUGAUGAGGAAGCUCCUGACUAUGGCUCAGGGGUCAGACAGUCUGGAACAGCUAAAAUCUCUUUUGAUGACCAACAUUUCCAAAAGUUCCAGGCUGAGACUUGUGCAGUAAUGACACGCUCUGGUACAUCGCAGGAAGAACUCCGAAUAGUGGAAGGGGGACAGGGCCAGAACCCAGACAGUGGCCCAAGUGCUGAUGAGGUUAACAAUAACACUUGUGCACCCUCUCAGCAAGCCGCUCUACUUGACAGCCCGAUUAAGGCUUCUCUGGACCUGUGUGAUGGAGGUGGACAUCCCCUGAAACUGGGCAGCAUCUUCACCUUUAGAGUGACUGUUCUGCAGGCCUCGAGCAUCCCUCCAGAAUAUGCGGACAUAUUCUGCCAGUUCAAUUUCAUCCAUCGUCAUGAUGAGGCGUUUUCUACGGAGCCUUUGAAAAACACGGGCCGCGGACCUCCACUGGGCUUCUACCAUGUUCAAAAUAUUGCUGUGGAAGUGACGCAAUCCUUUGUGGAAUAUGUGAAGACGCAGCCAAUAGUCUUUGAAGUAUUUGGGCAUUAUCAACAGCACCCAUUCCCUCCCCUCUGCAAAGAUGUGUUAAGUCCCUUGCGCUCCUCCAGACGCCUCCUCCCUCGAGUCAUGCCAUUGUCCAAACCAGUUCCUGCCACUAAGUUAGCCAGGCAGCGCGUUCCCAGUACUGGUCAGUGCCACUGCAAGUAUGAUCUGAUGUCAUACUUCCAAAUCUGUGAGCUGGAGGCAAAUGGAGACUAUAUACCUGUAGCUGUAGAUCAUGGUGUUGGCUUACCAUGUCAUGGCACAUUCCUUCUGCAUCAGGGAAUCCAAAGACGCAUUUCAGUGACACUUGUGCAUGAAGCUGGAGCAGAACUAAAAUGGCUGGAGGUGCGAGAAUUGGUAGUAGGGAGAAUCAGGAAUACACCAGAGGCUGAUGAGUCUCUAAUUGACCCCAACAUCUUGUCCUUAAAUAUCCUGUCUGCAGGGUAUCGCCCUCCAGAGGGAGGUGAUCGGCAGUUUCUUGAUUCUGACACACCUAGGACAUUCUUUCACUUUGAAGUGGCAUGGGACAGCUCUAUGCACAACUCUAUACUGCUGAAUCGUGUCACUCCAUAUAGAGAGAAGAUAUACAUGACGCUGUCUGCAUAUGUGGAGCUGGAGAACUGCACUCAGCCAGCUGUGAUCACCAAAGACUUCUGUAUGGUCUUUUAUUCUCGAGAUGCCAAACUACCUGCUUGUCGCUCUAUUCGAAACUUAUUUGGUACAGGGAGCCUGCGAGCUUCUGAGAGUAACCGAGUGACAGGCGUGUAUGAGCUCAGUCUUUGUCGAGUUGCAGAGGCCAGCAGUCCUGGGAUGCAGAGGAGACGCAGACGUGUAUUGGACACAUCUGUGGCAUAUGUACGGGGUGAAGAGAAUCUUGCUGGUUGGAGGCCAAGGAGUGACAGCUUAAUCCUCGAUCAUCAAUGGGAGUUGGAGAAACUGAGUUUACUUCAGGAGGUUGAGAGGACUCGACAUUACUUGCUGCUACGGGAGAAAUUGGAAUCCAUACUUAGGGGAGCCACAGAUACUCUUACUCCUUCUCCAAGUGAUGAAAUGCCACCACUCAGCCCAACGUGCCAGCUCUUGCAGCUGACAGAGGAAGGCUCUCCACAAGCAGAGGAAAACCCUCUGGAGACUGCCAGUGAGAGACAAAAAGAGCUUGCCGCCAAGUGUCUCCGCCUGCUCACCCACACGUUUAACAGAGAGUACACCUACAGUCAUGUGUGUGUGAGCGCCAGUGAGAGCAAGCUGUCUGAGAUGUCAGUUACACUUCUACGUGACCCCUCUCUUCCUGGAAUAGGGAUAUCAUCUCUCACGCCAUCCAGCACCUGUCCAUCCCUGGUAGAAGGGCGAUACUGCACCCCAGAGUCCAGUCCCCAGCCACUCUCACUAGCUUAUAGUCCUGAGAGGGAUCUUCCAAGUCCUGCCAAAGAGCUGCAGAUGUCUCCCAACACAGGGCUCAAGAUACCUACUUGCAUGUUUGUUCCAGAUAUACAGGAAGUCCGGGUAAGCCCCAUUGUUUCUAAGAAGGGGUACCUGCAUUUUCUGGAGCCUCACACUGGAGGCUGGGUGAAGAGGUAUGUGGUGGUCAGACGUCCCUAUGUCUACAUCUACAAUAGUGAUCGGGAUCAAGUGGAGAGGGCCAUUCUUAAUCUCUCUCAGGCUCAGGUGGAGUACAGUGAGGAUCAACAGGCCAUGCUGAAGACCCCCAACACCUUUGCUGUGUGCACGCAACAUCGCGGCAUUCUGCUGCAGGCCAGCAAUGACAAGGACAUGCAUGAUUGGCUGUAUGCCUUUAACCCUCUUCUGGCUGGCUCCAUUCGGUCCAAACUGUCUCGGCGCAGAACUGCUCAAAUGAGAAUUUAAUGGGUGCCGACACACUUACUUUCAUUCAUUGACAUGUUAAAGCAUUAAUUCACCUCACUCCUCAAUCCCAAACUACACACGACAAGAGCCUCACUUCUCAGAUCUCUGUACUCACUCUUACUUGUACUGCUUGUAUGGAGAUUUUCUGUACUCUUCUAAUGGCUGGAGGAGCUAUCUUGUGGCUACUUGGCUGCUGCUGAAACACAACUCUAGGCACACCAGGUCCCCUGACCUAGAUUUUUUUUGAAAUGCCACAUAGGGCUGGGCCUAGAGCUGCGGAAAUGUAAGGGGGUGGGGACUAUCCCAUGUUUUAUUAUGUUAAUACAGUUCUUUAUUAUUUAAGAAUUUAUUGGGAAAAAAACAUAACAAAGUAGCAUUUAAUCAAAUGUAGAAUAAAUCUACUUAAAUUAUACAAGAUUUCUAGAACUGUGCAGCUACCAUUACCUGUUACAAAGGAGGGUGACAGAAUAAAAACAGCUUAAGGGUACAUAAUCAGCCCUUUAGAUGCCAUGAAGACCAGUGGUGUCGUGUGACCUUAGCCACCAGUCAAAUACCAGCUUUCCUCAGUUUAGGGUAUUUACAGCAAAGAAAACGAUUCCAGACUGGUUUCUAUGAGUUACUGCACUUUGGGCAUUUAUCAUUGCCUUAUUAACUGAAAUAAUGGCCUAGGAGUUUUAACAACAUUUCAAGGGCCUCAUAGUGCCUAUACCUGGCUUAAAGAGUCUAAUUGUCCUUAAUUUUUUUCUGUAUCCUUCCACUUUCCCCAAAAUAAUGGAUUGAAAUCAAUGAUGUUUCUGAUUUGGUCUAUAAGUAAGUAGGCCCAAUGGAGGAAACAGUAGAUAGCUUCGUAACUGAUUUGUUGUUGGGUCUUGGUGGUCACAUCGGAAGCCCAAAUAACUACCUUCCCCCCCUUGUCCUUUCCCCUGAGGCCAGCUGUUUAAAAAAUAGAUAUGCAUUUAUAAAUGGAAAACUGGAAAACGGUAUAAAGGGACAUGUCAUAUGUUAUGUGCCCUAUACUAACACAUCAUAUUCCAGCAACAAACCAAACAAAUCUAAGUGUGCAGCCAUUUCUUAUUUAUGUGGAUGCAAGCAACAGUUAAUAUGAAUUGUCUAGUUAUUCUGUAAUGAGCUGGGUUAGCACAUGAUAAGGCUCAUAUAGACAGGCAGUCAAUGGUGAAGAGCAGCACAUAGUGACCAAUCAGAUUUCACCAUUCAUAAUGUUAGUAUUGUCAGAACAAUGACAGAAACUCGCUGAUGGGCUCCUUUGGGUAAACACACCAUUAAAUGUUCCUGUUUUUAAACAAAGGCUGAAGGGUCUGUCUCCACACUACAGGCAAUGAAGCACUUUGUUACACCCGGUAUAUGUCUGCUUGCUGCUUUGUGUAUCCUGAGUACUCUGUGAGGCCAUACUAGACACAGAAUUUAUUUUUCAUCUAGUCACAUAUACUGUGUUAGGCACAUGUUCGUGCAGCAUCUUAGUUAUUAUUUUUCUGUGCAUGGAAUACAUUAACUCUGAAUACUGUACAGUGGUGAGCCAUGGGUUCAUGUAACACGUGUUUCCACAUAAACAUAAGAGGCACAAGAAAUGUGAUGCUUUGUAGUAGACCCUACAAUCCAGUUAUAGUAAGAUCUUUAUGGUUGAUAUAUAUAUAUAAAACAUUACUAUGUUGUACUGGAAGAGUAUGACGCAUUUACCCAAUGUAUGUGCGAAUGUAUACAUACAUUACUAUUUUCAACUGAGGAAGGGCAAUGUUCUUCAUGGUAAAUCAUAUUUGGGGCCAUGUUUUUCUUUUCUUUUCAGUAUAAUUGUAUUAUGCUGUAUGUCACUAGUGACGUGGCUCAGUGAAUGUCACAGUGAAGUGUAAAGUCAGGAAGCAUAGCAAUAUUAGGAGAUUGCAGUCAUUGUUUAAAUAUUUGGGAAAGAAUAUGGGGAGCAUCAACUCUUGUGUUUUAGUUUAUCUACCAAUAUAUUAAAAAUUAAAUUUUGUAAACAUUGGGUAAUAUACAGAACCAUGAAAUAAAACAGAGAUGUAUGUUGAAAAGCUCACACAUGAAGGAAGAUGGUUUCAAAGGUUCUAGAGCAGCUAGACAUUAUUGCACUCAGAGAGGGGCGUGCACACAAUAGCCAAAGAUAUGGAAACAAUGAUCAAAUAGACAUAAGCACUUUAACAAUGAACAAGAAAGAAGUAAAGUAUCCCUUAUUUCCCCUUACUAUCUCUGCUUUCCUAUAUAAAGACAAUGCAAAUGAAAUGGCUGCUAAUACUAUGCACCAUCAUGAUGUAAACAUUUAGUUUUCUCCUAACAGAAAACAGUGACCAGUUACCUCCAGAAAGAUGGAACAAAAGUAGUUAUAAUAUAUAUGGCUGACCUGCCAGUGAUUGACUGUCAUCUGUCCUCUUGUCAGCAAGAUGGAAUUGGCUGAUUUGUUUCAUACUAUAUUGUGAUAUGAUAGGACUUUGAACUCAUGGUCAACCAGCCUUAGAGAUGACAAAGUCUAAAUAUCUCAAAUAUGGAUAUAUGUGUAUCUGAGGCCAGCCAACCUACAGAGAAUGUCGUUUAUGAAACAGACCAGUCAAGACAAUUAUCCUGUCAAGAUUGAGACAUAUGCCAGAAAACACAAUCAUUGUUGCUCUAAACCGUUCCACUGUGAUCUUAUACACCCAGUAGAAGAAUCUUUUAAUGUUAAUUUAAACUGGCAGCAUAGGGUAUACUUUUGCUUCUGUAAAUAAAGGGUUUGCCAAUGAAAAUACAAUAUUGUUGCUAAUAAAUGUAUCUUUUUUUAAUGAAUUUUGGGUCACUGGUAACAAUAGUCUAGGAAACUUACAUGAGCGCCUCCCAGCUCUGAUUGCAGGUUUUAUCAUUUGUAUUAGCAGCAGAGCAAUGGACUGAUCUACAGAUCCCAUAUAUAAACUUGUUCUUUUCAAACUGAACCGAUGGCAUUGUGCUGUACUAUGCUAUUGCUCUCACAUACAGACCUAGCCAAGAAAAACGUCCAAAUACCACAUAAGAAACUGAAUAUAGCCUGCUGUCAUUUAUAUUUAAUUUAGGCAAUGUGGCAGCAUGAGCAUAUACAAAUAUUACAAUGAAUUUCUCAUUGUAUACAUUUAUACAACUAUUUACAUGGAACAUACACAGAAAAACAAAAGCGACCAAUUAAAUGUAAUAUUUGACCCAUCAAGUACAGUCAAUGCAAAGGAAGAUAAUUACUGAUGAGUUGUUGCGAGUAUUUGCUUUUAGAUUUUCUGUAUCUAGGCUCAUUGUUUAAAAUUUGACUUCCAGAGCACUCUUUGUGUUACCUAUUUUUUGUUACCAAAGUAAAAAAAAAAAUACUCUAAGGAAUAAAACAAAUAUGGUUAAAGAUCGGUAGGGGAUCAGAAACCACUUUAUUUAAUUCUGCUCUCUGUAACAACAGGAAACAUGAAGGU